UAAGGCUACAGAGCACCUGGAUUCCUCAAGAUUAGCAACAGGCAGGGAGGCAUGCUUCACAGUGCCUGAUCGCUACAUUGUCCCAAAACUUGUUUUUCUUCUCUGAUUUGUGUUUCGCAACUCGGCCAGGUGGGAGUAGGGGAACGCAGGCAGGAUGAGUAGCAGUGGGCUUCUCUUAAGUACCCCAAUAUCAGACGAAAGUACGGCGUUUACGCUACUCAAGCCCGUCACAAUGUCCAGGGACCCUGCCGAAGACACGGCGGUCUUCGAAGACAUCAAACCACCCAUACAGAUCCUGGAGAAUCAACAGCAUUUGGCACAGGCACGGUCUGAAAUGGACAAGUACCUCGCUGGCCAAGCGCUACCAGUGCCCAUGUUACCAGACAAGAAAUACCGCCGGGAGAGCGCCUCGGUGGUGGACGAAUAUUUCUCCACCGAGAAACCUCCUUCCGCCCCCUACAGCGUGAACAUCAAUGUGAUCCUGCCAGACACCACGCACCUGCGCACGGGCCUCUACCGGCCUGCCAAGCCCGUUGCGCCCUUUCCCCAGGUCAAAAUGGAACCUGGUACCUGCUUCGCCCAACCUUGCUCUUCCGCCGCCAGGGCCACCCAGACUCUGCCAGACUUCACCAGCGUCUUCAGCAUGCCACAGUCGGUGGCAGUGAACAGCAUCUUUGUCAAGCAAGAGAUGCCAUCUGAAAUCCCGCUGUCCUCAGGCCUGCUGUACCAGUUGCCCGGCGGCGGCGGCAGCGGUGGCGAGAUGACCACCAUGGCGCAUUCCACGUGCGGCACCACAGCCAUCAGCGCCAUCAACGGUGUUGCCAUGUCCACCGGCAGCUCCUUGCUGGACUCCAGGCCUCUUACCCGGCCAAUCCGGCCCAGCGGCCCGGCCAAGCCAUUCCCAGAGCAAGGCAAUUUCAACAUGCCAGGAGAAUUCUACCCUGUACCGGAAGUGACCCUGCCCCCUUCGCCCCCCAACUCGCAGCCCGGCAGCCCUGAGAACCAGCCGGAGCUCAUCAACGCCAUCUCACCUCCGCCCCCCUACGACGCCACGUUUGGACUGAAACUGGCCCCGCCAGGCCAGAUGCCUUCGCUUUCAAACGGCCUGGCCACCCUCUCCCAAGGACACGUCAUCCUGCAAACGCCCAAGUACAACCGGAGGAACAACCCAGAGCUGGAGAAGAGGAGGAUCCACCACUGCGAUUACCCUGGUUGCACAAAGGUUUACACCAAAAGUUCGCACCUGAAGGCACAUCAGAGGACUCACACAGGUGAGAAGCCCUACAAGUGUACAUGGGACGGCUGCGACUGGCGCUUUGCCCGCUCCGACGAGCUCACCCGGCACUACCGCAAACACACAGGGGCCAAACCUUUCAAGUGCCUUGCUUGCGGGCGCUGCUUCUCCCGUUCGGACCAUCUGGCUCUGCACAUGAAGAGGCACCAGAACUAAAGACGGAAGCUUCUGCAUCCAAGCCGUGCGGGCCCUCGCCCGCUUUGUACAUACGAACCCAACUGCACUGUGAUCAAAGACCACACAUCUGGCUCCCAGCUUCACUUCGUUGACGCCUCCAACGCUCUUGACUUUAUUUCUCUGGAAGAAAAAAUAAGCCACAGAUGGGGAAAGAUCCUUUUUCCUACCCAAGAAGUGUUUCUUGUGCUCAGAAAGCACCCUAUUUAUUUCUGCUUCUCUGAAACUAUGAAACGCCAUGCCUCUUUGGGCAUAGCCAGGCUCAGGACUGCAGCAAGACAACACUGGGAUCUUUGGCCAUUGUCUAAAA